AGCCAGAUAUGGGGAAGGAAGGAUGACGAGGCAGGUGGGUUAAAGGUGUUUUCGGCAACGAGGUGGGGAUAUAUGUACCGGAGUCCCGAUGGAAUGCACCUCAGUCAGCCACGCAGCCCGUCGCACCGGACUUUUGGCCGGUGCCCGAGCUGUAUCCCUGGCGCAGUAGGUAGAUGGCGUCUUGCGAGUCGUGGACGCUGGAAAGCUCUGAACUUCAAGCAGAAAAACACCCCGGUUGUUUGUUGACUUCCAUCCUUUCCUGGACGAAGACAUUGUCAAGGGUGAAAAAGGUAGCAAGAUGACACUGAUCAAAGUCCCUCAGACGCUGAAAAAGGAAAAGGUUCUCCUUACCGGCGGCACUGGCUUCGUGGCCUCCCACGUCCUCGACUCCCUGGCAACCAACGGCCACCCUGUUGUCGUCACCGUCCGCUCAGAAGAAAAAGGCAACCGCCUCCUCCAAUCCCUCUCUCACUUCGGCGCCUCCAACCAAGUCCAAUACGCCAUCGUCCCCGACAUCUCCACCAAAAACGCCUUCGAUCCCAUCCUUCACGACCACCGCUUCACCUACGUAAUUCACACCGCAUCCCCCUAUCAACUCUCCUUCGCCGACCCCGUCAACGACUGCCUCAACCCCGCCAUCAAGGGCACCACCUACCUCCUCGACUCCAUCCACCGCCUCUGCCCCUCGGUCACCCGCGUGGUCAUCACCUCCUCCAGCGCCGCUAUCCUCAAUCCGCCCAACCACCGCGAUGUCUACGAUGAGUCCUCGUGGUCAGAUGUGAGCUGGGAGCAGGCCAUGCAGCCAGAGCACACCUACCGUGCCAGCAAGAAAUUCGCCGAGCAGGCUGCCUGGUCUUUUCUCGAGGAGCACAACCCGCGGUUCACCAUCGCGACGAUCAACAACACCUAUACUUUUGGUCCGCUCUCGCGAUCGCUGGCGAAUUCGGCAAAGUUUAGCGCGGCAGAUGUGAACACCUCCAACCGCCGGAUUUGGGAUCUGAUUCAUGGCAAGUGGCGAAACCCAGAUGGAUCGGCGUGCAUCCCGUCCACGGCGCCAGUGUUUACGUUUGUGGACGUGAGGGACGUCGCGGAUGCGCACCUGGCGGCUUUGGCGGCGCCGGGACAGAGAUAUUACACUGUAGGAGGGUUCUUUUCCAACUAUCAGAUUGCAAGGAUUGUGGACGAAGAGUUCAAGGGAGUGCUGGGGGAUGAUGUGCUCCCGAAUCUGAAAGGGCAAGAGGAUGAUUUUGAGGAAGACAAGCACUGGAAGUUUGAUGUGAGUAGGAGUGAGAAGGAGUUGGGGAUACGGUAUAGGGGGUUGAGAGAGUGUGUGAGGGAUGCCGUGGUGAGUAUGCUGGAGUUUGAAAAGGGGACGACUUUCAACUAGGAGUAUCUGAGGUGGAUCCUUUUGUUCAUAGAGUUGAACCAGCCUGCUAGUGAUAACCAAAGCUGUUUGCCUGUCGAUUGUCUUCUUAUUCUCUUUCCUUGAGCUUCAACUUCAAGACAUCAUCAUGUACCUAAAAUCAAAUGAUCUGCCGUUGAUUCCAGUGACAGACAAAAAAGGUGCAAUAUCGAUCCUUUCUCAGCAAAGAUCCACUCCAGAAUCAGGCACGGAAUCUAGACACCUUAGGUAGAUACCCUUUGGUUGACAGUUGAUCGCGACCAAAGUUGACCACUUGUCAUGUCCCUAAAGCCAGAGGCGGUGUGACCCCCUUUCCUUUUCCUUCGGAAGCUCGAGCAUCGGGCAUUGGCCCAUCGGUAAGCCACUCAGAGCUUGUCUCGGUUGUGUCAUCCUCACCACGGCAAAGGGUGGUCGCACAGACGAACAACUGGACGAUCUCCGUCAGUUGACUGUUGAGUGAUACUGCAGCUGUACACAAACCACCCUAGUGAUGAUGUUGGUUCUGACGAGCGGCGAGUCCGAAGAGGAUCAUGAUCGACUUGAAUGUCUGGAACAUGUAUGUUGAAAGUGAUAUCAAAACAGGUUGCCUUGCCGCAAAGUUGGCCAUACGGAGUGGCCCAGUUCGCUUCCAGAUGACGGUAUUCCAGGUUUCCCAAGUGGGGGACGGGAUGGUGGUGUGCGGUCGAGUGCAGUGCACAUGCUGCGCCGUAGGCUGGCAUCUGCGUGCAAGUGGUAAUUAAGAUGCGGAGACAAGAUGCCAGCUCGGUUGGGCCAUUGACGGUACCGCGCCCACCUAGACAAGGUACCUUGGGCGAACCAAGUUGACAUCUGGGCGAUGGUGAGUGUGGGAUAUUGUAGCUAUCGGAUGGUAUUAUAUAUGGGCCUGAGAUGAGGAUGGACGACAAAGAAGCCUCUGCUGAG